AAGCGUAGAACCCCCUCAGCUUCUAUAUAACUCGGAGAAAAUAUUAUCAUCAGCACAUAGACACAAACUUCUGAAAAUAACCAUGACAGGUCAUGGUUCAUCAUAUUCUGAAUACGAUACAUCACGUUCAGCAAAGCUGUUUGGACGUGGAAGGCCAAUACAUGAAGUUCUCGGAGGAGGAAAAGUCGCAGAUGUGUUGUUAUGGAAGAAUUGGAAAGUAUCAGGUGCACUUUUGAUUGGAAUGACAUUCAUAUGGUUUCUUUUUGAAGUUGUCAAGUACAAUUUCAUUACCCUUCUCUGUCAUAUCUCCAUCACCACAUUGCUCGUUUUCUUCAUAUGGUCCAACAGUGCAGAUCUUUUCAAAUGGAAUCCUCCCAAUAUCCCAGAAAAUAUCUUGCAUGAGUCUGAAAUGAGAGAAAUAGCUUCCACCUUCCACAAAAGAUUCAACCAGUUUUUGUCGAAGUUCCUAGAGAUUGCAUACGGAAGAGAGAUACCACUCUUCCUUUUGGCAAUUGUUUCUCUCUAUGCAUUAUCAGUGGUUGGAAACUAUUUCAGCUUCCUGAAUCUCCUUUAUUUGGGCAUUCUUAGCAUGGAAACACUGCCAUUUCUGUAUGAUCGAUAUGAGGACCAUGUUGAUUAUUUCGUCGGCGAAGUGAUCCAAGACUUGAAGAGGAAGUACAAAACGAUUGAUUCGAAGUUCCUGAACAAAAUUCCAAGAGGGCCCGUGAAAGAAAAGAAAAUCAGAUAAAGAUUGUGACCGCACAAACGAUCAUGUAUAUAAUCACUUAUAUUCUUCUUAUAGGAGUCGCACAUUCUUAAGAAAAAAGAAAUCUAGUCAAAAUAAACAGUCAUGAUCAUAACUUUUGAAAGUUUGUAUCAUGAAAGUGGGGAAAUUCUAUAGUUACUUGUAAAUAAUAAUAUUAUGGUAAAGAUAAAAGAAGUAUAAGGCCUUCAAAUUUAUGUCAGCUCUAGAAAGGACCAACAUGUUCUUCAGUUUUAAUUAAUUAUGAGUUAACUUCUGUGGAUUAUAGGUGUAGGAUGAAGAUGGUUCAAAGGAGGAUAUAUAAGGUGAAAGACUUUUCAUGGAGAGAGGAUCGGAAAAAUAAAAAGAGAACACUGUAGCAAUCUAAAUUGUCUCUGUAUUCAACUGUGAUCAAUACAUAUAAUUGUAGCCUCCUUGGAUUGAAAGUCUAUUGACAUCAA